ACUGCAGAGGAUGACUUCCAGGUCAAGAGAGAGCUGCAGAAAGUCCUUCCCCAGAACUUCCUUCUGUGGACUGAGGUGCCCCAGGCAGCUGUACGUCUGGGGCCCGAAAGUCCACAGAGAGUGUGAGUCUGUAAAUAGGGCACUGAUCACAACACUGAGACAUGAGGGUGACGCAGUGAGAUACUCUGCCGAAUUGGCAGAAUAUGAAAAGUUACAAGAUCAAGUGAAGAACACAGCAGAAGGUGCGCAGCCGUCAAAUCACUGGUGCAAUCAUCUGCAGACUAUCACUGUGUAUCUGUCAGGCGGUAGAGAGAAACAGAUCCAUGUUCUGCAGAUCUCUAGAGAGGUCAGAGGGCUCCGCAGGGACGGCUUUGGAUCGGCUCCGCUCUUCCGCUGUCUCGUGGUGCAGGGUGAAGAUGAGGAUCAGCGAGCGGCAGGACCGAGGCUUGUCGGGUACGCACUGAGCUUCUUCAUCUACAGCACCUGGGAGGGGAGGAGCCUGCACCUGGAGGACCUGUACAUCAUGCCGGAGUACCGCGGCAAAGGCAUCGGCUCCAAGCUUUUCUCCGCGGUCGCUGAGUCCUGCCUGUCCUUGGGGUGCUCUCGUCUGCAGCUCUCCGUCCUGGAUUGGAACCACACCGCCAUCUCCUUCUACCGCUCCCGAGGGGCCCGCGACCUGACGCAGGAGGAGGGAUGGAGGGUCUUCCGCUUCAUCCCAGAGGAUCUGAAGAGAAUAAUUUCUAAGAAUUCUAACUGACCAGUACACUGCAUCAUAGGGAUCAGACCUGGACAGCACCCUUCCUGUGCUCCGCCUCCGCGAGUGCACCCACAAACCACGGUGCAAUAGUUCAGCUGUGAACUUCUGUCCUGUGACCACUGUCAAUAAUCAAUAAAGAUUCCACGGAAAAACUGCA